CAGAUUGUUACAGAUUUUGUUAGUGUAUAUAAUUUCUUGCAUUGACUUCUUGAACUCUGGCUUUAAUUUAUAUUAAUAAAAAAUUCUAUUUACUAGUCUUGGCUAAGCCUUUAAGAUAUCAUAAUGGAUGAUAAAGGCAAAGAUAUCAUAAUGAAUAAUAGGAUCAAGGAUGAUAUGAAUGAUAUGAAAGACUGCAGUGAAGUAAAGCCCAUACUCUCCGAUGAUUCAGACCAGAGGAGCUGGUGCAUUGAGCUGGACCCCACACAAAUGCCGACCAGUGAAUGCAAAGUUGAGUCUGAUGCCACAGAUUCUAGCGGCUCGUCUCUUCUCCCAGAAAUGGUGUCGGUCUACAUAAAGGAGGAGCCUACGGACGAUAACUUUCCUGUGAAACAGGAAUCUAACAAGCACACCCCACCUCCCUCAUCUUACGGGCCAUGCAAGGAGGAACCAAAAGAUGAGACUUGGGACAUACAGCAAACUUGUAAACGUGAGCCUCCCAGCCCCGGGUGUGAUGACCAGCAGGCUUCACCUCCCCCGUCUCGUGUGCCGGGUGAAGAUCAGAGCGAUGCUGGUGAUGCACCCGCAGCUCAUCAACCUGCAUCACAUGUUUAUGUGAUGCCUGGUCUAAUGUGCAAGGGUAAAGGGCAACCCGCACCUGCAGGAGAUCCAGAAGACGCUGGUGGCAGCGGCGGUGUCUCUGAAGCGUCCAGCUCCCAGCAGCGCAGCAAGAAGCUGCCGUAUUAUCAGCGGGGAUUUGUUAAAGAUGAAAUAGCCACACAAAUUCAGCUGUCCCUUCUAGAGGAUCAGACAUCAAGUGAAGUUCCCUGUCCUGAUUGUGGAUUUAGUUGCAGUUCAGAGCGUCAUUUUGUGCGGCAUAUGCGUGAUGAACAUUCUAAUGAAAAGCCAUAUCAUUGUUUACAGUGUGAAUAUGUUUGUAAUACUAAAUACAAACUAAAAGUGCAUUUAUUUUCAAAGCAUUCAUCACAGAGGCCCCUACACUGCAUGGAGUGUGAAUUUGCCUGUGUCACUAAUCGCGACCUAAAACACCAUGUCCUUUAUAAGCAUUCUUCUGUAAAACCUUUUCACUGCACAGAUUGUGAUUAUUCUUGUGUUACUAAACGUGAUUUAAAGAACCAUGUAUUCUAUAGGCAUUCUUCUGUUAAACCUCUUCAUUGUUCCAAGUGCGAUUAUUCAUGUGUCACUAGAAAAAAUCUCAAGAACCAUAUUCUGUUUAAACAUACAUUCGAGAAGCCCAUUAGGUGUUCUGAAUGUGAAUAUUCAUGUGUGACCACAAGCCAACUGAAGAAACAUGUUAUGUACAGGCAUACAGCUGUAAAACCUUAUCCCUGCUCAGAAUGUAAAAGUUCUUUUGUCAGUAAAAGCAAGUUGAAUAGGCAUUAUCUCCUAAGACAUUCUUCUUCGAAGCCAUUGUUAGAGAAAUGUUUUAAAUGCUCUGAGUGUGACUAUACUUGUGUUCAUAGAUAUUCUCUAAAAGUUCACACUCUUACCAAACAUGCAUCAGGUAAGCCUCUUAGCUGCUCUCAGUGCGAAUAUACUUGUGCCUCUGAGCUUCAACUUAAGAAGCAUGUUGUUUAUAAGCAUUCACUGGAGAAGUCUGUUCAAUGUCCAGAAUGUGAAUACACUUGUAAGAGUAAGAGUGGGCUGAACAGGCAUGCUCUUCAUAAGCAUUCAAAUGAGAGACCUGUUAGUUGUACUGAAUGUGAAUAUUCAUGUGUGACUAAGGGAGAGUUGAAGAUGCAUGUUCUAUUUAGGCAUUCAUCGAAUAAGGCUAUUAGAUGCGCGGAAUGUGACUAUUCCUGCAAGACUAACGGACAGAUGAAGAGUCAUGUUCGUUAUAAACAUUCUACGAAGCCUCUGAGUUGCGUGGAGUGUGAUUAUACUUGUGUUGUAAAGAAGAGCUUAACUCGACACAUUCAACUCAAACAUUCCUGAUGAGCUUCAUUGCUUCUCAAUGUAUUCAUUUAAAAUUUGGAGUUGUUAUUACCUAGUUAAAUUUUAGUCUCAUUUAAUUCACCAGAGACUUUCAUGUCCACACAAAGCUUGAUUUGAAGUGAAGUUGCUGUCAUCUAUUUCUUGAUGUGGUUUGAUGUUCUUAAUGAGAUCUCGUUUAAGAAAAAUGUCCUACUUAAGGUACCUACGACAAUUUGUUGAAAUUUAAAUUAUUUUCCCAUAUCAUGGCACUAGUGAAUGUUGAUGCUAACAUUCUUAACCAACGAUUAGACAUUUGAGUUUUUUCUACUGCUAAGCAAUUCAAGUGUAUGUAAGGAUAACUUUUGUUUAAAUAUGUACAUGUACCAGACACAAACCGCAGCAUGGACAAGUUGUUAGGAUUACAUAAAUAGGAGCUUCAAGUUGUGUGAUUUAGACUCUACCGAUGGUUGUUAGAAUAAUGCAAUGCAUUAAACUGAUGUGAAGUGUUUGAGAUUUUGCCACUUCUGUGCGAAUUUUAGACUUAAACAGCAAGCUGCAGAUCUUAAACUGAAAUUCACUGCCCUAACUUGCUGUGCUUAACCAUCCAACCUUCACUGCAGGUUUUGACCAAAAUUUUCAGCACUAUCUGGUUCACUUGCUUCUCCAAUCUGGAUGAUUCUAACCAUGUGGCCCUGAGUCCCCAACCGCUGAGCUCGGGGUGUCUGACUGCAGGUCUCAGUUGUGGGGUUAAGUUAUUAUGUAGGU